AUGGCAGCAUCAUAUGAACGAUUCGACAGCAAUGGGCCAAAUACAACAGGUGUGUCCGAAGAGAGAACUGCAGCCUCUCUGACAUCAUCAGAGAACAGAGCUGGGGAACUCAAGGACAUGCAAAUUGAGAUUGAUCAGACAGAUGGUAAAGUUACCUUCUAUUCAGGAGAUCAAGCCAAGAGCAGUAAUGAGUAUAUAGCAGACCCUGCUGGUGAUCCAUUUGUUCCCAAAACUGGACUUGAAAAAGCCAGAGCCAAAAUUCAAAAGAUUGUCGACAACUUCUACUUCCGUCUAUUCACUGUAACGGUGAUUCUUACAGAUUUCAUCCUGGUUAUUGUUGACCUGGCUCUGUAUGCCUGCGCCGGAAAUGAUUCACCUCUGGAAAUUAUCUCUCAUAUCUUCAUCAUAUUCUUCAUCUUUGAAGUCUCAGGACGUGUCUUUUGUCGAGGAAAAAAGUUCUUCACAAAUUGGUUGGAUGUUCUAGAUUUGGCUGUGGUUUUGUUAUCAUUCAUCGUGGAUGUUGUUUUUAUGGGGCUGGCAUCAGCAGGUUGUCCUGGCGGAGGUCGAUAUGCCCAGUUGAUCGUUAUUGGUAGAGUGGUCCGCAUCAUACGAGUUGUGCGUAUCGUCUAUUUCAUGAUGGUACAGCAUCGGCAGGUUGCUAGAGCGACCAGACAGAUGGUGUCCCAAAACAAGCGACGGUAUCAAAAAGAUGGAUUUGAUCUUGAUUUGUGUUAUAUAACAGAGAGAGUCAUUGCCAUGUCAUUUCCAUCCAAGGGACUGAUGGCGCUCUACAGAAACCCUGUGGCUGAGGUGGCUCGUUUCUUCAAUACAAAACACAAAGGCCAUUACAGGAUAUACAACCUGUGCAGUGAGAGGGAUUAUAACGAGUCACUGUUUUUCCAUAACGUAGAGAGGGUGUUCAUUGAUGAUCACAAUGUGCCAAAAUUGAGAGAAAUGUUAGAUUUUACUGCAAAUGCCAGAGAAUGGAUGGCUGCCGAUAAACAGAAUGUGAUAGCAAUCCAUUGCAAAGGAGGAAAAGGGCGGACAGGUACAAUGAUUUGUAUCUGGUUGAUUGAUUGUGGUCUUCUGGAAAGUGCUCAGGAGAGCCUGCAGUAUUUUGGAGACAGACGCACAGAUCUGAGCAAAGGCAGCACAUUCCAAGGUGUUGAAACUCCCAGUCAGAGUCGAUAUGUUCAGUAUUAUGAACGACUAAAAAAUGAGUUCAACCGACAACUGCCACCCAAAAAAGUCCUCAAGUUGACAUCCAUUACAAUAACAGGAAUUAACAGUGUGGGCAAUGGAGAUGGUAGUGAUUUAUUUAUGGAACUCAGACAAGAUGGCCUGCCAAUAUAUGAGUGCAACCUGGGCACCAAAAUGAACUGUGAGGUUGAGAAGUUCCCAAAUGAUGAUGUACUGCUCAUCAAAUUGCAGAAUACACCCAACAUUCAAGGGGAUAUCAAAAUUAUGUUCAAAACACACAGUAAACAUAUACCCAUUGGGUAUGACAAGUGCCCGUUUUACUUCUGGUUCUACACAUCUUUCAUUGAGGACAAUCAGUUGUACAUUCCCAGGGAUGACCUGGACAAUCCUCACAAGAAAAAGACACACCACGUCUUUCGGGAAAAUUUUGGGGUUGAGCUUCAUUUUGAAAAUGCGACAGAUGUGUGA